GUGAAAAUGCUUCCUUAUCAAAGCCUUGAAGAAGCAGCGUUGGGUGUAGGAAGAAAUCUUACGCUGGCAGAGAAACUAUGGUACAAUUAUUCAGCUGAGAAAUCUGACUUCCUUCUUUACAGUCACAAUAGUCUUUUCAUGAUCGUGGUCUUUUCCUUGGUUCCUCUCCCCUGUGCAUUCAUGGAGCUGAAUCAGUCAAAGAAAAUGGCCAAGUUCAAGAUUCAACCAAACGUCAAAACAUCAUUCUCCGAUAUGUUUAAAUGUUAUAAACAUGUUAUGAAGAUGUUGAUUUUUGUGUUGGGUCCUCUUCAGUUCCUUUCCUUCCCAGUCGUUCAGUGGGUAGGGAUCCAUACAAGUUUGCCAUUGCCAUCAAUGUGGGAGAUUUUAAGCCAGUUGAUAGUUUACUUUCUUAUAGAGGACUAUGCCAGCUACUGGCUUCAUCGGCAACUGCUCCAUAGUAAAUGGGGCUACCAGAAAAUCCACUAUAUGCACCAUGAAUACAAGGCUUCAUUUGGAUUUACAGCUCUUUACACCCACUGGGCAGAAUUUUUGAUUUUUAGUAUUCCGACGUUUCUUGGUCCAGCAAUGGUUCCUUGCCACAUGAUCACACUCUGGCUUUGGACCAGUUUGCGCCUUGUCGAGGCAAUUGAAGCACACAAUGGGUAUGAGUUUCCAUGGAGUCCGACCAAAUACAUACCGUUUUAUGUAGGUGCUGAGUACCAUGAUUAUCAUCACUAUAUUGGAGGACGAAGUCAAAGCAAUUUUGCUUCGGUUUUCACCUACUGCGAUUUUAUUUAUGGAACCAAUAAGGGAUACCGCCAUCACAAGCAAGGCCUAGAAAAGGCUCCAUAA